CCUUUCUACAACUGCCUGAAAGGAAACUGUAGCCAGCCCGCCGGCAGGUGGAAUGGGGCAGCCAUGAACGGCGAUGCCCUGUGCCAGGAGCCCUCCUCCCCGCUCCCCGACUGGAGGGAGUUCUGCAAGCUGCAUGCCCAGGCAGCCGCCGUGGACUUCGCCCAGAAGUUCUGCCAGUUCCUGAAGGAGAACCCCCACUACGACACCCCCGGGGCAGAGACCUCCUUCUCCCACCAUUUCACCGCCAACUUCCUGGACAUCUUCAGCCUGGAGGUCAGCAGGGUGUUUGUGUCUGACUCGCCCACCAAGUACAACAUCGUGCCCUUCGUGGGGCUGCAGAACUGCCACGUGCCCUACGGGCGGGAGGUCACCCCGAGGAAGGAGGAGACGUCCACGGAGUCUCUGGACAGCAUGGACGCCCCGCUGGGUGCCAGCCGCUACCUGACCCCGGCCCAGCAGGUGCAGGCUCACAAGGUCUCCUCCUACGGGCAGUCCCGCAGCUCGGAGGAUGUCUCCAUCCACGCUGCUGCCAAGCCCAAGUUCAAGAAAGGUUUCUCCCUGAGGAACAUGAGCCUGUGCGUGGUGGAUGGCAUGAAGGAGAUGUGGCACCGCAAAUCCUCUCCGGAGCCGGGCGCCGAGGCCGCCCUGGGCGGGCGCAGGGCCGAGAGGGAGCCGUGGCCGGCCGGGGGCAAGGAGCCUGGGGACCCUCGGGAGAAAUGGACACACAAGCUGCGCCUGUCCAAGGUGCCCUCGUCCAAGGUGGAGCUGGUGGACAUCCAGAGGGAGGGGACGCUGCGCUACAUGGUGGCCGAUGACACGAACUGUGUGGGCAGCUCGCAGUGGCAGAAGUGCCGCCUCCUGCUCCGCAAAGCGGUGAAGGUGGAAGGGGAGAGGUUCCUCCUGGAGUUUUAUGUCCCUCCAAAGGCUUCCAAACCCAAGGUGAGCAUCCCACUGUCGGCCAUCAUCGAGGUGCGCACCACCAUGCCCCUGGAGAUGCCUGACAAAGACAACACCUUUGUCCUAAAGGUGGAGAAUGGGGCUGAGUACAUCCUGGAGACCAUCGACUCCCUGCAGAAGCACUCGUGGGUGGCUGAUAUCCAGGACUGCAUCGACCCUGGGGACAGUGGGGAUGACAUUGAGCUGGUGUCCUGUGCACAGGGGCCCUGUCUGCCAGGCAGGACAACCUCGUCCAGCUGCGAGUUCCUGAAUGAUGAGGUACCCAGGCCACCAGACAGAUGUGCCCUGCCCAGCUCUCACAACGCUGCCAUGGCCACCUCUGUCCCUGUGCCCCCAGGCCGGGGCAGGGACUCCCUGGGGGAGCUCCUCACUCACGUCCCACUGGAGAACUUCCUGCAGACUCUGGAGUCCUCCCCCACCGCUGGUGGGCACCUCACAGGGGAGGACAGCGAGGCCGAGGCUGAGAUCAACCUGUCUGACUUCCCCUGGUUCCACGGGACUCUGUCCCGGAUCAAGGCAGCCCAGCUGGUGCUGUUCGGGGGCACCCGCAGCCACGGCCUGUUCGUCAUCCGGCAGAGCGAGACACGGCCAGGGGAGUACGUGCUGACCUUCAACUUCCAGGGCAAAGCCAAGCACCUGCGGCUGUCGCUGAACGAGAGCGGGCAGUGCCACGUGCAGCACCUCUGGUUCCAGACCAUCUUUGACAUGCUGCGCCACUUCCACACGCACCCCAUCCCGCUGGAGUCGGGCGGCGCCGCCGACAUCACCCUGCGCAGCUACGUGGUGGCACAGAGCCCGCAGCCAGACACCGGUCCCCCGCCACCGCUGGUGUCACAGCCCCCGGGCUGCCGGGUCGACCUGCCACCUCCACACUACUUCUGCAGCACAGCCCCUCCGGGCCCGCCGGUGCCGCCGCCCGCCGAGGGCGGGGUGCCCGUGGCCCCCGCUGUCCCGGUCCCCGCACCCUACCACCGCCUGGAGGGUGCCCUGGGCCCCCGGAGCCGCAGCGACAGCGCCGAGCGCCGGCCGGAGCCCUCUGCCGCCGGUGCCGAGGACUACCACGAGGCUGACAGCGCCCGGAGCCGCACCCGGGCCGUGGAAAACCAGUACUCCUUCUACUGAGCCCCCCGUGCAUGGGGGGCUGCGGGGCAGCCGUGCCCCUCACCCUGCACCGGCCUCGCCACCUCC